UGUUUCGACCGAAGUUCAGUGUCUUAAAAUAUGAGACUAACACCUUCUCGUAUCGUUUACGCUUUUCUUUCUGUCAUAGUUUUCGUCCUUGUCUUCCAGACAUUACAUACAAUCACCAAUGGAUUCUUUGCCAUUGACCAUGGCUCUUCAAUUCCAAUGGAGGAAAUCGAGCAUAGAAUGUCCCAGAGGCUGAAACAGGUUGCUGAAACUUGUACCAAGUAUAAUAUCCAUCCAGAUUCAAUCAACAGCGCCGAUUAUGCUAUUCCGCACCCGCCAGCGCCGCAGUAUAGUGUCCUCUAUUAUCAAUUUCAGAGAACGAAAACUGUAUAUUGUCCAAUAUACAAGGCUGCAUCAACUUCAAUGCUGCACUGGUUAUUAAAUAUGAAACACAUCAACGCCGAAUAUGAAAUGAAAACCAAACAUCGUCAAAUCAGUGAAGUAGCUCGUCAACAUUAUCCCUCGAUCGAUUAUCCUGCAGCUGCUGAAUUGCUAAAGGAGGCCAAAAAAUGGAUGGUAGUCCGCCAUCCUUUUGAACGAAUCCUAUCGGCAUACCGGGACAAACUGGAGAAUUCCACUAUCGGUCGGGAGCAUGGCACACUUCACUUUUACGAAAAAUACGGGCACAAGAUUGUUUCCAAAUAUCGAAAAGCUAGCAACAAUCAGGACGAAACGAGGAUUGAACCGACAUUCGCGGAAUUUGUUUCUUAUUUAAUCGACACAGAUUUGACUCUUUACGCCGACGACCAUUGGAUUCCUUAUUAUCUUUUUUGCACGCCUUGCCUCAUUAAUUACGAUGUUAUUAUCCAAUUUGAGACAUUGCAAGAAGAUGUGCAAUUACUGCUCAAUUUGAUCGGAGAAAAACGUGGACCGUCGUGGAAACAUUCCACAUCAGCAGGCCGAUCUAAAACUGAAUUAAUUCGAUCUUAUUACGGUCAACUCAGUCGAGAAACAAUUAGUAAACUAUACGAUAAAUACCGAAUAGAUUUCGAAUUGUUCGGUUACAGCAUUGAUGGUUACCUGUCGAUUUAAUCAAAAAUUGCACAAUAAUUUCAUGUUAUUCAAUAAACAUCUUUUACACAA